AAAUAAAUAUAAUUGUUCACUACCAGCCAGUUGACCUAUCUCUCUCUGUACCUCUUUCUGUUUCUCUUUUUCUCUCGGACAAAUUGCUUGGUUGGUGAUGGAGUCUGGUGAUCAACAAACUCCAGAAAAUUCAGGUGAUCAGCAAGUUACAAGCCAAGUAGCUGCUGCAAAGUCCUAUGAGUGUACUUUUUGCAAAAGGGGGUUCUCUAAUGCACAAGCUCUAGGAGGGCACAUGAAUAUUCACAGAAAAGAUAAAGCAAAGCUCAAGCAAGUCUCCUCAUCAACAAAUGUUGUUGAAACCAAACAACAACAAAGAUUGCUUUUGGAGAUCCCAAAGAUGCCACCCACUUACUCUCCAAUACUUCCCAAGAUCAAUCAGAGCAUCACUACUUUGGAAGCCAUUAACAUGCCUCAUGCUGAUCAUAUCGAAAGAAGUGCUACAACAAUAAGGGGAUCAUCAUGGCCGGCUGAUUGGUUUCUCAAUGCUAAAGAAGGUGAUAAUCAAUUAAACCAAGUCCAACAACUUCCACUGUUUUCUCAAGCACCAUCAGAUCAAGAUCAUCAAUAUCAAGGUGGACAACAACAACAACCAGAAGUUCAAGGGGAUCAAAGUGAAAAGGGUUCAGAUUUAGACCUUGAGCUUAGACUAGGGCCCGAGCCUGAAGAUUCCUCAUCAACGUCGGCAAAAGCUACUACGAGAAAGUUUUUUUGA